AUGCUGACCUCCAUACAGCUGACCGUGCUCCUUUCCCUAACGAUCAUCGACUUGAAUGUGGCGGAGAACAUUUUCCACAAUCGAGAUCACUCCGAUGUAGAAAUGCCUUCAACCCAUCAGGCCGAGCGCAUCACUGAUAAGGAGACUGCCGAGCAAUUUCUCUCCAAAUAUGGAUUCUUAAAGCCAGUAAACUGGGAGGAAGUCCAAUCUGAGGAGACAAACCUGUGGUCUAGUGAUGACUUUCCGGUCACGUCUGUUCUCCAAGAGGGUAGUUCCACAUCAAGAUCAGGGCGCAGUGACAGUCUUUUUGAGCCUCCAGAAUUCAUCGUUGCCCUAAAAGAGUUUCAACGGGUGUCAGGCCUGCCUGUCACAGGUGUGUUUGACGACGCCACCAAAACAGCUAUGAACAAACCCCGAUGUGGAGUUCCCGACAAAAUGGACCUGAAUUCCACUGCUGACCAUAACUCAACCUCUCCGGCACUUUGGAACGACACCACCAUUACUAACGAAACAGAAAGUGAGAUGUUCGACUUUGGUGUUUUGAAUGGAACUGCUCAGGACAACCAACACGAACCCGAGGGGUUAGGACCAAUACGAAAAAAGCGAGACUUGGCUGCCUUAGUGCACGGGAGGAGGCACAGAAGAGAUGUGAUGGAAAUGGGGCACGUGGCAUUUUCCAAAACGGUUCUGAAGUGGAGGCUAAUUGGUGAGGGGUACAGCAGCCAGCUCUCUGUGGAUGACCAGAGGUACAUUUUCAGACUGGCCUUCAGGAUGUGGAGUGAGGUGUCGCCGCUAGAGUUUCUGGAAGACCAAAGCUCUCCUCUGGAGGACAUUGACAUCAGGUUGGGAUUUGGUACAGGCCGACACCUAGGCUGCACACAGAGAUUCGAUGGCGCGGGGCGUGAGUUCGCUCAUGCGUGGUUCCUUGGAGACAUCCACUUUGACGAUGAUGAACAUUUUACCGCUCCCAACACUGGCAACGGGAUCAGCCUCCUCAAAGUUGCUGUACAUGAGAUUGGUCACGUUCUCGGUCUGCCGCAUAUCUACAGAACUGGUUCCAUCAUGCAACCCAGUUAUCUCCCUCAGGAGGCCACUUUUGAGCUUGACUGGAUGGACAGGAGAGCAAUUCAGCACCUCUAUGGAGGCUGUAAGGGUCAUUUUAGUACAGUGUUUGACUGGAUCAGGAAGGAGAGGACGCAAUACGGGGAAGUUGUGGUCCGUUUCAACACCUACUUCAUGCGCGACAGCUGGUACUGGCUGUAUGAGAACCGUAACAACCGUACCAGAUACGGCGAUCCAGUGGCAGUCCAAGUGGGAUGGCAUGGCAUACCAAGCGGUGGUGUGGACGCCCAUGUCCAUGUGUGGACCCGCAACACAGAUGCUGUGUACUUUUUUAAAGGAACUCAGUAUUGGCGAUAUGAUGGUGAAAACGAUCAAGUGUUCACCAUGGAUCCAGACACAGGGCACCGUUACCCUCGUCUCAUCUCUGAGGGGUUCUCGGGUGUAUCCGGUCCAAUCGACACUGCCUUCUUUGACCGCAGAGACUCUCAUAUCUACUUCUUCAGAGGCACUGAUGUGUACAAAUUUGACAUCAGGGCUAACAGGUUGGCAGCUGGUUUCCCCAAAAAAAUCACAGAGAUUUUUCCUGCAGUGAUCCCUGGCAACCAUCCAAAGGGUAACCUGGAUGCAGCUUAUUUCUCGUAUUUGCACAACUCCAUCUUCCUGCUGAAGGGCACCAGCUACUGGAGAGUGGCAGGAAUGAGAGAUCGCUUGCGUAGACUAUCGCUUCCCUACAACGCACUGAUGCCACAGAGGGAGGUGGACCAACAGUGGUUUGACAUCUGUAACGUGCAUGCCAGUGCCUUGAGGAUAGCUCGCAGAUGA